AUGAUUUAUGGGGAACAAUUAUUGAUGACCUGUAAAUGUGUGUUGUCUUUAAGUAAAUGUACUAUUUCAGUAAACCAAGAUGGUCCUGCAUUGAAGACGUGUUUGCCUUUUAUAUCUGAGUACUCCAACUGCAACGAUGAUAAUCUAUGCUCCGGCUGCAGUAAAUGCACUUGCACUAGUGAGGGGAAAUGGUCAUGUUAUGAUGUAAAGGAGUGCCCAUACUUUUCUCCCGAUGAGGACCUAAAGAGUGAUUAUGAAAUUGACGAAGAUGACAUAUUUGAUAACGCCCUCGGAAUGCUGGAAGUUGAGAUGGGCAAGAAAAGCAAGCAGAAUAUUUUCACAUCCGAGGAUAGUCCGCUAGUACCCACCCCGCCACCAAAGCGGGUAAAAGAUGAACUCCUAGCUCCAUACCACGAUGAUUUGGAUGAUUGGGUUGAUUCUUUAAGUCGACCAAAAAGGUCUGUUAACAUGGCCAAGGAUCACAAAAAGCGAUCAGCGGGAAGCGGUUCUCCGAGUAAUUCAAGUAACAACAGCAUCCAUUUCUACAAUACAGUUGACGAAAUAAAUGAAGAUACUUUAAAAGGCAGCAAUCUAACAGGCACAGUACUUGCUAAGAAGGUUGAUAUGGUACCACCUCUCACAAGACGUUCGGAAACUGUUCUAGGUAACGGUAGUAAAGCACUCCAGAUAGAAUUCAACCAACCCCAGACAUACCAUCCAAUAACUGACAAUAAAAUAGAAGUAGAACAAGAAAGUAAAUUUGAUUCAAGUCAUGAAAGUCUGAAAACUUUUCUGGGUAACUAUAGUCAGGAAGCAAAAAAUAAACAUGUAUCCAAGAUUGUUGUCAAUGAGCUGAAGAAAGGCAGUGAAGUCAUUGGAGACGCAACUGCUCCUGUUAUGUCGAACAUUACUUUUACUCCUGAAAAUGACACAUUAACAGCAAUGGCAUUCAUUGCUGGCAAUCUUUUAAAUAAACUGUGGAACAUGGAAAAAGAUGUUUUUGCGUCUUCGAUGGAAACAAAUGCAUUAAAACAAGAAAAAAUUGCUGAUCUUCUCGACCUUUUUAAGGAACCCCUAAAUCUAAGACAAGAAACGUUUCUUAAGAAUGCACUUGAACAGUUGUCUAGUGCAAUAGAUAGACAAAGAGAUAUCAAAAAUAUUUCUAUAUGUGAAACCUUUCAAAAUACUAACAAUACGAGUGAUGUAGGCGACGAAACCAAGAAUGUGCCAUGUACACAUAAAGAAAAUAACGAAAACAAGAGUAUUGGAGAAAAAAAGAUAAAAGCAACUGCCAAAGCUAUAACUAAAAUACACAAUGUUUUAGAUUUGAUCAGAAAAUUUGAGCGUAUUCAAGGAAAUCUGAGUGACCUUAAACACGGUCCAAAACUAGAUUUUACACAUCAUGGUUCAAAGAAGGAUGGCAAUAAAUAUAGUAAAACUACAUUAACUAAUGACGAAACUUAUUCCUUAAAUGUGUUCGGAAAUCUUUUAGAAAAAAUAACAAAACUUAUAUUACCAAAACGAAAUAAUAAGAAAGUAAAGAAUUUUAUAACUAGUCAAAAUAUAUUAUCAGGUAAUGAUCAUUUGAAGAAUAAGUUUAAGAAAAUGUAUAACAUUGAUUUGACUAACAUGACAGUCACGGCUAAAGAUAAGAUAAUUUUGGAUUAUUUGACUCACGUAGAAAGAAACCCAGAUUGUUUACUAAAUAAUGAUAAUGACGAAAUUGAAAAUGUAUCCACUGUUGAAGGAAAUAUUUUGCUGAAAUUAUCCGAAUUCCUCAAACUGAAGACAUUUGGGGAUUUGUUGAAGUUAUUAGAACCGGAGCGAACCACUCCCAUUCAUGGUAAUGGAACAGACCAACCUGUGGUUGAAACUACUACUUUACUCGCGAAAGAGAAAGUUUCAACAAAUAUAAAACGUGGUGAUCCUAGUAAAUUUAAUUCAACAAAAGAAAAACUUAAAGCUCAUUUAAAAACAAUUAUAGAGGAUCUAAUGGAAUUGCAAGGAACUAAAGGAUUAAGUUUAAAAGGUCAUAUCAAAAUAGCAGAUGCGUUACCUUGUAUCUACAAUAUUUUAAAACCCUACAGUGUAGAGAAAAUUUCUAAAAAAGAAAAAAUAAACGACCCACUAAAAAAAGUGGCCUCUAUAUUUCAAGAGAUAAAAAAAGAAAUGAAAGUUGUACAAACACGUAGAACUUUAAAUAAUAUUAUAACGGAAAGGCCAAAAUCUGCAGUUGUGUGGGAACGAUUGGUGAAAAACUUAAAUAACAAAACUAAUUUAAGCAGUCGUAGGACGUUAAUUGCUAAAAUGCCGAAAUCGUAUGAGCAAAUCAAGGAAAUGAUGGAGCACAUUGAAAAUAGCAGCUCUUCGUACAAGCAGUACGCUUUGAUUGUUAAAACUCCUCCUUCGGCUAAACUGAUACUACUCAAAGCCUUGGAACAAGAUGUUCAGGCCACUAUCAAGGUACUGGACGAUAUCUUAUUGUCUCUUCAAGAUUUAAUAAAGUUGCCGAAAGACAAGUUGAUGGAGCUGGAAGAGUUUAUAAAUAAUAUGGUAACAGGGCUUAAAUUGACCGAAAAAGUUUACCAAAAAAAUAAACCAAUAGAAACAAAUGAUCAGACAAGGUUUUUAAGUAAUGACCUUCAAUCACAAAUGUUAAAUAUGAUAAAGAAUAAACUGAAGGGGAAACAGUUGCUGAGUGAGAAUGGGAGAAGUGAGGAGAGUGAUGCGUUGAAAGUUAGCAGGGCGCAGAUCAUAGCCCAACUGAUAAGAAAUCGUGUAAAGCAAUUUAUAAAUGAGAAAGAACUGAAUAAAGGAGCCACUCAAGACAUUGAAUAUGUUAUUGCACGAAGGAUAUUGCACUCCUUAGACGUUGGAGAUUAUAAGCUUGCUAACGAUUUGUUCAAAAUGCUGUUUUAUCAGAAGGGAAAUAAACUACAACCUUUUUCUCCAGAUCAGUUUGUAAACGAUAAGUAUUUUGUAUCAUCGACAUUGAAAUACAGCGAUAUUCCAAUGCGUCGGGUGGCACAGCCACGUAAGGAGAUGAGCCCGAGCACGAUGUUUGAGGAUCCAACUAAAAUGAAGGCCAAGUACAAGGACUGGAUAAACCAGGACCACCUGAUCAAACAGCUAUUUAAUAUUAAGAGCAUGAGAAUGUAG